UUUGGGAAAGGGGUGGGGGGAAUAGUAAGUUAGGGAGCUAUAUAGCCAUAGUUUUAGUAAUCGUACUGUACACCAUCCCAGAGCAGCAAACCCCGGCCUAGCCCUGUCUGGAGGUCGAAUCCUGACUGUCUGGAGAAAAGAUAAUUGAAAAUGUGUGACGAAGAAGAGACUACUGCCCUGGUGUGUGACAAUGGCUCUGGCCUCUGUAAGGCAGGCUUUGCCGGGGAUGAUGCCCCCAGAGCUGUAUUUCCCUCCAUUGUAGGUCGUCCCAGACACCAGGGCGUGAUGGUGGGGAUGGGUCAGAAAGACAGCUACGUUGGUGACGAGGCUCAGAGCAAAAGAGGCAUUCUGACUCUGAAAUACCCUAUUGAACAUGGCAUUAUCACCAACUGGGAUGACAUGGAGAAGAUUUGGCAUCACACCUUCUACAACGAGCUUCGUGUUGCCCCUGAAGAGCACCCCACACUGCUGACCGAGGCUCCCCUGAACCCCAAGGCAAACCGAGAGAAGAUGACCCAGAUUAUGUUUGAGACAUUUAAUGUACCAGCAAUGUAUGUAGCGAUCCAAGCUGUGUUAUCCCUCUAUGCUUCUGGCCGUACAACAGGUAUUGUGCUGGACUCCGGUGAUGGUGUCACCCACAAUGUUCCAAUCUAUGAAGGAUAUGCUCUGCCACACGCCAUCAUGCGCCUUGAUCUUGCUGGACGUGAUCUCACUGACUACCUCAUGAAGAUUCUAACUGAACGCGGCUAUUCUUUUGUAACUACUGCCGAACGUGAAAUUGUUCGCGACAUCAAAGAAAAACUCUGCUAUGUAGCCCUGGACUUUGAAAAUGAAAUGGCUACUGCUGCCACUUCAUCCUCAUUAGAGAAGAGCUAUGAGCUGCCUGAUGGACAGGUCAUCACGAUUGGCAAUGAGCGUUUCCGUUGUCCUGAAACACUCUUCCAACCUUCUUUCAUUGGCAUGGAAUCUGCUGGAAUUCAUGAAACCACUUACAAUAGUAUUAUGAAAUGUGACAUAGACAUUCGUAAAGACUUGUAUGCCAAUAACGUCUUGUCUGGAGGGACCACAAUGUAUCCAGGGAUUGCAGAUCGCAUGCAGAAGGAAAUUACUGCUCUGGCUCCCAGCACUAUGAAGAUCAAGAUCAUUGCUCCACCGGAACGCAAAUACUCUGUCUGGAUUGGAGGCUCAAUUCUAGCCUCCCUCUCCACUUUUCAGCAGAUGUGGAUCAGCAAGCAAGAGUAUGAUGAAGCUGGUCCUUCUAUUGUUCACCGCAAAUGUUUCUAAAUCAUUUUCAGCUUUUCUCCUUUCCCUUCACUGUUAUUCCUAUGGACUGUGAAAGUGCUUUCAAGAAGACUGCUAAUGGUUUACUGCUGAGUAAAGUUAGUACACUCACUGUAUGUAUUUGAAAUUGUUGACAAAAUGAAAAACAAACAUGUAGGUUUCAAGUAUCAAGAAUACGCAUUUUACAUGACCUUGUAUGGCUUACUCGGUGGUUAAACUCUGAUCAGCUUUUACAAUUAGAGCAUGAUUGCAAUAGUUGCAUCUAAAGGUCUAUGUAAAAGCUUUAGUUGAAUGAAUGUGGAAAUGUGCAUUAUUGAUUGAAUAAAGCUUGAAAUGUGCAGGCAUUA